AUGGGAAAUAUCACGGCUGUGACAGAGUUUGUCCUAGUGGGAUUUCCAAACAGCUAUGAAGUGGAGAUCGUCUUCUUUGUCAUGUUUCUGCUUGCUUACUUAGUAACAGUCCUGGGAAAUGCUCUUAUCAUUGUACUGGUCUAUACAGACUGCCAUCUCCAUUCUCCCAUGUAUUACUUCCUCAGUAAUUUGUCCUUCACUGAGAUCUCCAUGACUUUGUCUGUGGUGCCAAAACUGCUGGCAAAUAUCCUGUCAGAGAAGAAGACCAUCUCUUUUGCUGGCUGCUUUAGUCAAUUCUACUUUUAUUUCUUCCUGGCUGCAACAGAGUUCAUCUUUGCCAUCAUGUCCUACGACCGGUAUCUGGCAAUAUGCGACCCCCUGAGGUAUCCCACCAUCAUGACAGAAAGGGUGUGCAGCAAGCUUGUCAUAGGUGCAUGGGUAGGUGGCUUGAUCUUGAUCCUGCCAUCAGUGAUCCUGAAAGCCAGGCUGCCUUACUGUGGUCCCAACGUCAUUGACCAUUACUUCUGUGACACGGCACCUCUUCUGCACCUCGCUUGCACAGACAUCUGGAUUGUUGAACUGAAUGAUUUUGUGGUGUCCUUUGUUCUGCUCCUUGGCUCCUUGGCAUUCACUGUCGUCUCCUAUGCCUGGAUUAUUUUGACCAUAUUCCGGAUCCCAUCUGCCCAGGGCAGGCAGAAAGCAUUUGCCACCUGUGCUUCUCAUUUCAUUGCUGUUUCUCUGGGUUUUGGCAUCUCCAUCUUUGUCUAUGUCAGGCCUUCUGAGACAAACUCUAUGCACUCCAACAAAAUCCUCUCUGUUUUCUCCAGCAUUGUGACUCCUCUUUUAAAUCCCUUCAUAUUCAGCCUACGGAAUCAGCAGAUGAAAGAGGCCUGGAAAAAUGCUUUGCACAGCUGCCUGGGAACAGCUAAAGAGUCCAGAAAGCCAUGA